CUUUCCGGUGCUGCUCAGUCAGUUCUUCAGCAGCUUUAGGAUUAAACAGAUCCACUAGUCAUGCGUGUAAACAGCUCGCAUCACAAUGACAUCAAAUACACCGUGCAUGUGACACGAGGUGUCUUGAAUCUAAUCGGUGUGUGGCCGUCACAAGUCAAUCCGUCCAAUCUUAGGCUCGUUUGGACGAGAUUGCUCAGAGUGCUGUGCCAGGCUCUGCUCUAUUUCAUUUUUAUUCCGGGAAUGUUGAAAAUAUUCCUCAAAGAGUCGAACGCCCGUCGUCGACUCAAAAUGAUCGGGCCCAUGUGCAACUGUCUAAUGGCCGUGUUGAAGCACAUGCUGCUGAUCUGUCAAAACAACAAGAUUAAGGACUGCAUUAAGCAUAUCGAAGAAGACUGGGCUCAGGUGAGCCAGACGGAGGAUCGCAGGAUCAUGAUGGGAAAUUCGAAAAUCGGUCGGAGCUUGGCAAUCUUAUGUGUGGCCUUCGUAUAUGGCAGCGGGUUUUCGUAUCGCACUAUCGUCCCGAUAACACGCGGCGUCGUCGUCACGCCGCAGAACGUGACGAUCAAGCCAUUAGGAUUCGCCGGAUACUACGUGUUCAUUGAUCCACAGAAGACGCCGGCUUACGAGAUCAUAUUUACCAUUCAGUUCCUUUCUGGUUUCGUGCAGUACUCAGUGACUAGCGGAGCCUGCAGUCUGGCGGCUUUACUGGUACUGCAUGCUUGCGGCCAAUUCAAGAUUCUCAUCGCUAAGAUGGAGAAUCUCACGCGAAUGAAUCAAUUCUCCAAUGUAGACGUCAACAGGAAAUUGGCAGCUGUUGUGAAACAACACAUAAGGAUUAAGAGCUUCUUAGACAAAGUAGAAGAUAUUUUGCAGUAUAUGUGUCUGGUAGAAGUAAUUGGAUGCACGUUCAUAUUGUGUCUUCUUGGAUACUACAUAAUAAUAGAAUGGGAAAAUAACGACGCAGUGUCUAUGCUAACGUAUACUAUACUUCUCCUAACAUUUAUUUUUAAUAUUUUCAUACUGUGCUUCAUCGGUGAACUUCUCACUGAUCAGAGCAUGAAGAUGUACAUCACUUCUUGUACUCUUAGUUGGUAUCGCAUUCCUUACAAAACUGCUCGCAGUCUCGUUCUAGUGGUCGCAAUAUCUAGCAUACCUACUAAAAUCACCGCAGGAAAAUUUAUGGAUCUGUCUCUCAAUAGCUUCGGUAUUGUAAGUAUGUUUUCAUUUCACGUGUUUCUAUCUGAUUUAGUUGACAUUAGGGAAGCUUCAAUAUUUUAAUUACUCAAAAUAUUAAAUUGUCAUUGAAUGUGUAAUUACUGUUCUUUCUAGAUUAUGCGAACAUCGUUCGCAUAUUUGAAUAUAUUACGGACAACUAGCAUUUAAGGCUGUAGUUCCUUAGACAAAAUAAAUAAACUUUAUUCGUAGGAUAUCUAGACUGAAGGUCUAGAUGCAAAUAGCGCUGUUUAAAUAAUAAAUCAAUGUAUAAAUAAGUAUAAAAAUUUGCAAAUUAUUUUGUUAUUCUGUUUUUAUAUUAGAAAA